AUGCAACGCCGAAGACGCAAUACCCCGGCAUGUUAUGAUUGCCAUCGCCAAAAGGUGAAAUGUAGCGGAGGGCAACCGUGUAGGCGAUGCUCAGCAAGACAGAAAAUUUGCACAUAUCCGGCUCAACAAGACACGAUUAUUCCCGUUCCUGCAAGUUACUUGCAACAUAUUGAUCACUCGCUCAAUGAGUUGACUGAUGCUAUCCGGGCUUCUGGAAUCAACAUUGGGACAAUUUACUCUCAACAGUCUCGAGGUAGUCAUGACGGUGGUCCCCAGCACUCUAAUUCGAGACAAACGCACACAGCUGUCGAUAAGAUUAUCAAUAAUUCAACCACAGAAGCCUUUCUACUGAAGUUCAGGGAAGCAGUGGGCUCCGCGCAUUGCCCCAAUGAUUCUUCCAGUCCUAGGACAGAUCAGUCGACUCCGUCAGCCCAGGAGUCUCCUCAAUUAAGGAUGAGGCUCGCCCGUUCAUUCUCCGACAAAAACCUUCGACUUCCACCCUACUCGCAUGCCACGCAAUUGAUGGCUAGAGCGGAAGACGAGUUCGGCGAUUAUCACACAUUCCUUCGAAAAACCUUUCUGAAAAGGUUCCAUGCCACGUACAGUGGCCACCACUCUGAAGUUAAUGAUCGAAACUGGUUGUGCCGUCUGUCGAUUGUGCUGGCCUUGGCUGAGUGUAAUACAACGUCCAGGCAGCCUGUUAAGUUGACCGUAGACGGCGAAUUUACUGAGGCCUCCCCUGCAGCUCGCCAGGCCGCAUCGGAAGGGACGACAACGACCCUGUCCACUGCAAUUCAGCUUUUCGAGCAGGGGCUGCAGCUCUUGAUGGUGGAUCAUGAAGAACCUACUAUUGAUGAUGUUGAAGCUCUCAAUUUAGUCUCUCAUUGUUGCUAUGUUCUGAACCGUCGGAAAUCAGCAUACUCAUUUGCAGGACAGAGCAUACGUCUAGCUCAUUGCCUGGGCCUAGAUCAGCCACCUACAAUGGCAUCAUUAUCUAAUCUAGAGAUCGAACAUAGGAAACGUGUCUGGUGGUCCGCUUUCUGCGUGGAUCGAGCUAUCAGCACAGAAUUGGGUCUCCAUCCUGCUUAUUCUGGCGCAAGCCCGUGCAUUGACUACCCAUGCUCUGACAGCCUAACGAAAGAGGAAAGGGAGGAGUUUUACGAUGCGGAUCUGCUAACAGCACAGGUCAAGCUUUGCGAGAUAAAACUGUCUGUAGCCGAUACUGUAAGUCAGCUGAAAGCCAAAGAUAUUGCCAGGCCAUACGAGAUUUUGGCUCAUUGUCUACAACAACUGGAUCGAUGUGGAAGAGAAAUGCCCGAAAAGGUGUUCUCCGGAAGUGGUCCUGUUCAAGAACAUCGCAUCAGUUCAUCAAUUGCACUUAGAUUUCAUCAGUGUUAUAUUUUGCUUCUUCGCCCUAUUCUUCUUUAUGAGUUCUCGUUCAUGCUUCAUCAAGCAAGUGUUACAGCUCUUUCUGACGAGCUUUGCACUGUUAAUAACAUAUGUCUUCACGCUGCACGAAGCAAUGCCAAUAUUAUUCUCGAACUGGCCCAAUCAGGAAGACUCGUGACUUAUGGAUACUGGGAUUCGGCCCAUCUUUUCUCGUCCCUCGUCGUUCUUGCCAUCGCCAGGUCGAUCUUCAGCAAGCAGCCAAACGCUUUCCAAUGCACCGCAGACGACAUGUCACACGAUAAAACCACCUAUCAAAAAGUCCGCCAGGUUUUGGUUUACAUGGCUCGGAGCGGUAACAUGGCUUCGAAGAACCACCUUAGCAUGUUAGAGGAGGUUGAAAACGACGGAGCAGUUCUGUUGGAUGUUCCAGCUAUGGCACGAAAUGAUGGAAGCACGACGGUCCCAGAGCCAGCUGCAGAGGCCCCAGAGGUCGAGCUUGGAUUCGAGGACUGGCCGAGCCUGUUAGGAAUGGAAGACCCAACUUCGUCUCCACGCCGCAACCAGGUGGUCAGGAAGCUUAUCCUCUAG